UUAAAAUCAGCCUUGAGACAUUACACACAAUGAACUCAUGAAUCAGGAAUAUUUUCCAGUGUAUAGUGACAAACGUGUGUUUAGGAAAGUGCUGUGGUCGUUUUUGAUGCUAUUUAGUGUUUUGGGAGAAAAUCAAAUCAAUGGAGCCGUUUACCCCGCGUGCCUUUCGCCUCGUUGUACCCUAUAGUUUAGCAGUUCAGAGACUCUUAAGAAGGCAAUGUUUGCGUCACACCAUGCAUAUGUUUCUGCUGAAUUGUCAUUUCUGGUGUAAUCAGGUGAGAAUGGUCAGCUGAUCGUACUGUUCGCCUCGAGCUCUCGUGUUUGUGUCUGGAGGUGACGGGAGUGUUUCUCUGAAGGGAUGUCUAAUGGGGCCCUUUACCGUGGUUUAUUUGUGCUUGGUAAUAAUGGAAACUUCAGCUCUCUCUGCCCGAAUGGGUCUGAGUGGGUUUGGAACGGUCUGGGGGAAUGUGCCCAGGAUGCCAGAGAUAUUGCCAGUGUGAUUCUCGGGCUGCUGUCAAUAGUUUGCUUCAUGGUAUCCUCAGUACCGCAGUACUACAGUUCCUGCAAGACAGGGAAUAUGGACAGCGCUCUGUCUAUUUGGUUCCUUUUAUUAUGGCUGGGAGGUGACACAUGCAAUCUUGUUGGGUCGUUCUUGGCAGAUCAACUUCCACUACAGAUGUACACUGCAGUGUACUACGUGUUUGCAGAUGUGCUAAUGCUGUCAAUGUACAUCUACUACAAACUAAAGAAUAAAAUGGCAAGGGACAGAGACAGUUCGUUGCUGAAUGCAAUCAACGUGCUGUGUCUUCUGGGAAUUUCAUCUUCGUUCCUCAGUCUCCCUCGCUCAGCCUUGGAGGAUCAGAUGCCUGCAGGGUUCAAGGGUCGAGUACUACUGGCUGUGGAGGAUGAAAACGGUUCGGUACAGCCCUUUACUACAAAGGAGAUUAUAGGCUUUACCAUUGGCUCCGUGUCCUCAGUACUGUAUCUGUGCUCCAGACUGCCACAGAUGUACACCAAUUUUCGUCGGAAGUCAACAGAGGGCGUGUCUUUUUUCUUGUUUGCCCUUGUGAUUCUGGGAAACACUACAUAUGGCAUAAGCGUGCUACUGAAGAACCCAGACCGAGGGCAGGGAGAGACCAGCUACAUCAUGCACCACCUCCCCUGGCUCAUCGGCAGCCUAGGAACUCUCUCACUUGACCUCAUAAUAUCCGUGCAGUUUAUGAUGUACAGCAAAUCUCCUCGCAAUUCCACAGGCACAGAUGAAGAGACUGCAGCCCUUCUUCACGGCUGAAAAACUCCCAUUUCAGCUUUUAUUUGUCGAUGUUGGAGGUGCCUUGUGCAGCUUUUGCACAUCAGAGUGCAUCUCGUUCCCUCUACCUCCAUGACUGAAAUACAAGAACAUAAAACUUGAUAGUGGACAAUUAUUUACAUUUUAUAAUCAACAGGUUUUAUACCUAGUCAUGUCAGCAGUUAAAGUUUCUUGUCCUAUGAAAAAUAGUGAACAUUCUUAAAAGGUUAAAAUGUUUGGCACCCAAGGGACUCAACUAAAACACUUUUGUCAUGUUUGUACUGUACUUUCAAAAUAUAUAUAUAUAUAUAUUUUUUUUUUUGUGCAAAAUAUAAAAUCAUGUUAAAGGAAUAGUUCACCCAAAAAUGAAAAUUCAUUCAUUUACUCACCCUUAUGCCAUCCCAGAUGUUCGUGACUUUCUUUUAAUCUGCUGACGAUUUUUAGAAGAAUUUCUCAGCUCUUAUUUGGUCUAUAAGAGUGAAUGGGUGCCAAAAUUUUGAAGCUACAAAAAUCACAUUAGUCAGCAUAAAAGUAAUCCAUACAACUCCAGUGGUUAAAUCAAUAUCUUCAGAAGUGAUAUGAUAGGUAUGGGUGAGAAACAGAUCACUUUUACAUUUUUCUUCUUGUGUUUUUGGUGAUGCACAUUCUUCAUGCAUACCGCCUGCUACUGGGCAGGGAGAAGAGUUUCAAGCAAAAAAGGACUUAAAUAUCGAUCUCUUUCUCACUCACACCUAUCAUGUCACUUCUGAAAAUAUGGAUUAAAACACUGGAGUUGUAUGGAUUACUUUUAUGCUGCCUUUAUAUGCUUUUUGGAGCAUAACAAUUUUGGGCACCUAUUCACUUGCAUUGUAUGAACCUACAGAGCUGAGAUAUUCUUCUAAAAAUCAUAAUUUGUGUCCUGCAGAAGAAAGUCAUACACAUCUGAGAUGGCAUGAGAGUGAGUAAAUGAUGAGAGAAUUUUUAUUUUUGGGUGAACUAUCCCUUUAAGUAUUUUGACAUCAUUGACAAUAUUGACCAGGAAAAAACUGUAAAAAUAGGUUGCCUUCACUUUGUUUACUGUAAUGGAUUGUUUAAAUGCUGCUUUCAAUCAUUGUCUUGUAAUCUGUUUUAGAAAUCUCUGAGUUAUUUUAGAUCUUUAUAGUGUGGGAUUUCACACUGCACCUGUCCGUCAGAUGAGACUUCUUUUAUUGAAGUUCAUGUUUUUUUUUUAAGUCUUGUUUGACUCCUCUCUCUCUCUCUCUCUCUCUCUCUCUCUCUCUGUUCUGUGAUAUCACCCUACAACACUCACUAAAGAUUUAAAAAAAAAAAAAAAAUGUUUGUGGCCAAACAUGUUUGAUCUUUGUGUGUGUGUAUUCAGUUUGUUUAUUUUUCGAAGGUGAUGACCACAUAGGCAGUAACUCUUUAUGCAAAUAAAUAACA